AUGUCCUUGUUGUCGUCCUUCGACCGCGUGUAUCCUCCCUCCUCGUGUCUGCCAUUGACGGAGCUGCAGCUGCCAUCGGAGGCGCCGGAUCUCGACCACCACCUGACGCGCCUGCCCUUUUCCCCGCUGAGCGCCGCCGCGGCCACCUUUGGAUCACACGACUACCACUCGCUGCAGCACUCGACCCAGACCGAUCCCCAUCAGGCCAGCAACGCUUCGUCGCCCCCCUUCUCUGAUUCCUGCUCGGGAUACUCGUCGUCGUCGGCAUCGGACGCGUCAUCGUACGCGGAUUCGCCUCCUCGCUUCAGCUUUGACGACGCCGGCGCUGCUAUCGGGCCUGUUGGUGCCUUCUCGGCGUCCGCUCCGUCCGCCGCGGCCGUCCACGUCACCGCCAGCACCGCCCGCGCGCGCGGCCAAAUCCAAACCGCCCACGCUCACGCUCAGGCCCACCCCGGUCUCAGCUCGGCCGCCGGUAAAGCCGCUUCCGUGACGACGCCCAUCACCACCACCACCGACGGAUCGUCCUACUACUCGACCUACGACUCGGACUACUGCCCUUCGACGAGAUCGACCUCGCCCGCGUCGUCGUUCGUUCACGCCUCGCCCAAGCUGGAGCAACAAGCCUUCGCCGCCGCGAACGGGUUUGAUUCGCCGCAAGCCCGCCACGCGCAAAACGCUCAAGCCGAGUCGGAAUCGAGCUUUGCCUCCAUGAACCAGGUAUGUCUCUCUUUCUCUGCUCUUUCGAUCCCUUGUUGCAUUCACCCUGUCGUGUCCGAGGUGUAUUCGAUCGACGGCACGCUGGACGCACCAUCUACGGUCGAGAUAGGGGCGACAGAGGGGCUCCCGUGCCGAUCGCCGCGUCAUUUGGAGGGUUUGGCAUCAAGACGACAUCCCUCGAGACUGACCGCUUUUAUUUCUCCUUAUUUUUUCCCGUUCAUCCCGUUCAAUAGUCUGCCCCGAUGCCCUAUUAUACCGACGCUCAGCAGCAGCAGCUGCAACAAGGCGCGCCGAUGUACCAACAAGCCUCGGCUUCGCCCUUUGCCUACGCCAACUCGUCAUCCCCCGUAUACCUGCAGCAAACCCCCGCUCUUCAGCAACAUCAGCAGUACUACUACAACCAGACCAUUCAGCGUCAGCAGCAACAGCAGCAGCAAGCGCAACGCCAUAUGUACGCCCAGCAGCAACAAGCCCAGAUGUCGCACAUGCAACACCAGCACCAGCAACAACAACACCUGGUCCCGCAGCAGACCCCCGUUGCCGUUGCGCCCGCGUUCGAAACCGCUUCGGGCACCUACUACUUCGUCCCCUCCACAGCGAUCAUCCCCUCGGUCGCCCAGGCAGCCGAGCCUUGGUCCGCGAUGCCGGAGCAGAUCCAGCCUCGUCAGAUGAUGUCGCAAGCGCAGCAGCAACAACAGCAACACGAGGCCAUGCGACAAGCUCACCAGUUGCCUGCCCGUCAAAUCUCGCCUGUCGUAUCGGCCCCUGUCGCCUCGCUGGGUCGCGCCGACUCGCCAUUGGUCGCUCCCCUCGCUCGCGUUCCUGUCCACGACUACACGAUCUCGGGUUUGACCAAGGCCGCUUCGACUCUCUCGGCCUCAAGAAGUCAGUCCAACAGCCCUGUCGUGCACUCUGAAGUGGACGAGCUCUUGCCUACCCAAUCGGACGCCCCGCCUUCGCCCAAGGCCAAGACUGCCAAGGCGACGACGACGAAAGCAUCUUCCAAGACGCGCACUGCCAAGCGUGGUGGUCGCCGCGGCGCUUUCUACGGCGAAAGCACGGGCAAGUCGGAGACCAAGCGUUUCGUGUGCCCUUACGAGGACUGCGGCCGUGCGUUCUCGCGCAACUUCAACAUGCAGUCGCACCUCAAGUCGCACCUCAACAUCCGCGACUUCAAUUGCCCUUGCUGCCCAAAGAAGUUCUCGCGCCGCCACGACCGUGCUCGCCAUUGCGCCGCCGUUCACGAUAUGCACAACCUCGCCGACAAUAUCGAUCACCAGUCAACGAGCAAGAGCAGCCAACGUCGCUCAUCGCUCGCCAGCUCCGGCGACGACGAGUCCGAUGAGUUCGAGGACGACAAGGCCGACUCGACCUACCGUGGUUGA